AUGGCUCGAACUGUUUUAACAACUACUGCUGAACCAACAACCACAACUGUUUUAACAUCUACGGCUGAACCAACAACCACAACUGUUUUAACAACUACAGUUGAACCAACAACCACAACUGUUUUAACAACUACUGCUGAACCAACAACCACAACUGUUUUAACAACUACUGCUGAACCAACAACCACAACUGUUUUAACAACUACGGUUGAACCAACAACCACAACUGUUUUAACAUCUACUUCUGAACCAACAACCACAACUGUUUUAACAACUACAGUUGAACCAACAACCACAACUGUUUUAACAUCUACAGCUGAACCAACAACCACAACUGUUUUAACAACUACUGCUGAACCAACAACCACAACUGUUUUAACAACUACUGCUGAACCAACAACCACAACUGUUUUAACAACUACGGUUGAACCAACAACCACAACUGUUUUAACAUCUACUGAACCAACAACCACAACUGUUUUAACAACUACAGUUGAACCAACAACCACAACUGUUUUAACAUCUACAGUUGAACCAACAACCACAACUGUUUUAACAUCUACUGCUGAACCAACAACCACAACUGUUUUAACAACUACUGCUGAACCAACAACCACAACUGCUUUAACAUCUACUGCUGAACCAACAACCACAACUGUUUUAACAACUACAGUUGAACCAACAACCACAACUGUUUUAACAACUACUGCUGAACCAACAACCACAACUGUUUUAACAUCUACGGCUGAACCAACAACCACAACUGUUUUAACAACUACAGUUGAACCAACAACCACAACUGUUUUAACAACUACUGCUGAACCAACAACCACAACUGUUUUAACAACUACUGCUGAACCAACAACCACAACUGUUUUAACAUCCACUGCUGAACCAACAACCACAACUGUUUUAACAACUACAGUUGAACCAACGACCACAACUGUUUUAACAACUACAGUUGAACCAACAACCACAACUGUUUUAACAACUACGGUUGAACCAACCACCACAACUGUUUUAACAUCUACUGCUGAACCAACAACCACAACUGUUUUAACAACUACAGUUGAACCAACAACCACAACUGGUUUAACAUCUAUGGCUGAACCAACAACCACAACUGGUUUAACAUCUACGGCUGAACCAACAACCACAACUGUUUUAACAUCUACGGCUGAACCAACAACCACAACUGUUUUAACAACUACUGCUGAACCAACAACCACAACUGUUUUAACAACUACAGUUGAACCAACGACCACAACUGUUUUAACAACUACAGUUGAACCAACAACCACAACUGUUUUAACAACUACAGUUGAACCAACAACCACAACUGUUUUAACAACUACGGUUGAACCAACCACCACAACUGUUUUAACAUCUACUGCUGAACCAACAACCACAACUGUUUUAACAACUACAGUUGAACCAACAACCACAACUGGUUUAACAUCUACGGCUGAACCAACAACCACAACUGUUUUAACAUCUACGGCUGAACCAACAACCACAACUGAACCAACAACCACAACUGUUUUAACAUCUACGGCUGAACCAACAACCAUAACUGUUUUAACAACUACAGUUGAACCAACAACCACAACUGGUUUAACAUCUACGGCUGAACCAACAACCACAACUGUUUUAACAACUACAACUGAACCAACAACUACAACUGUUUUAACAUCUACGGCUGAGCCAACAACUACAACUGUUUUAACAUCUACAGUUGAACCAACAACUACAACUGUUUUAACGUCUACGGCUGAACCAACAACCACAACUAUUUUAACAACUACAACUGAACCAACAACUACAACUGUUUUAACGUCUACGGCUGAACCAACAACUACAACUGGUUUAACAACUACGGUUGAACCAACAACUACAACUGUUUUAACAACUACAACUGAACCAACAACUACAACUGUUUUAACAUCUACGGCUGAGCCAACAACUACAACUGUUUUAACAUCUACAACUGAACCAACAACUACAACUGUUUUAAGAUCUACGGCUGAACCAACAACUACAACUGUUUUAACAUCUACAACUGAACCAACAACCACAACUGUUUUAACAACUACAGUUGAACCAACAACCACAACUGUUUUAACAACUACAGUUGAACCAACAACCACAACUGUUUUAACAACUACUGCUGAACCAACAACCACAACUGUUUUAACAACUACAGUUGAACCAACAACCACAACUGUUUUAACAUCUACUGCUGAACCAACAACCACAACUGUUUUAACAUCUACAACUGAACAAUCAACUACAUCUGAACAAAGUACCACAACGCAGACAGCAACAACAUCCCUGCCUACAAUAAAUACAGCUCAAUCUACAACCCUGGUUACAACAAACUCACCUACAACUACAUCUCAGUUUACAACCACAGCCCCUCCUACAGAAACAACAACACAACUUACAUCUACUGCUGAAUCAACAACAUCAACUGUUUUAACAACUACAGCUGAGCCAACAACCACAACUGCUUCAACAUCUACAACAGAACAAUCAACUACAUCUGAACAAAGUACCACAACACAGACAGCAACAACAUCCCUGCCUCCAACAAAUACAGCUCAAUCUACAACCCUGCUUACAACAAACUCACCUACAACUACAUCUCAGUUUACAACUACAGCCCCUCCUACAGAAACAACAACAAAACUUACAUCUACUGCUGUAGCAACAACCACAACUGUUUUAACAUCUACACUUGAACCAACAACCACAACUGUUUCAACAUCUACAGCUGAGCCAACAACCACAACUGCUUCAACAUCUACAACUGAACAAUCAACUACAUCUGAACAAAGUACCACAACGCAGACAGCAACAACAUCCCUACCUACAACAAAUACAGCUCAAUCUACAACCCUGGUUACAACAAACUCACCUACAACUACAUCUCAGUUUACUACUACAGCCCCUCCUACAGAAACAACAACAAAACUUACAUCUACGGCUGAACCAACAACCAUAACUGUUUUAACAUCUACAGCAGAACAAAGCACCACAAUAAAGACAGCAACAACAUCCCUACCUACAGCAAGUACAGCUCAAUCUACAACUGUGGUUACAACAAACAUGACUGCUACAUCAAGCUCAGCUACACCAACGACACAGUACUGCUUAAAAGUGACACAACAGCUGAUACAAUUCUGCUCAGCAACAACUGAAACUCUGUUUACAACCACUGCCAAACCGACGCAAGCACCUGAAUCAUCAAACUCACCUACAACUGCAACAACUGAAUCUACAACUGGUAGAGCAAACACAGCUACAACUGAAACUCUGCUUACAACUACAAGCCUUCCUACAGAAACAACAACACAACUUACAUCUACAGCUGAAAUAACCACAGUUGCUUCAACAUCUCCAACAGAACAAUCAACUGCAUUUGAACAAAGCACCACAACGCAGACAGCAACAACUGUUUUAACAUCUACCGCUGAACCAACAACCACAACUGUUUUAACAACUACUGCUGAACCAACAACCACAACUGUUUUAACAUCUACAACUGAACAAUCAACUUCAUCUGAACAAAGCACCACAACGCAGACAGCAACAACAUCCCUGCCUACAACAAGUACAGUUCAAUCUACAACCCUGAUUACAAUAAACUCACCUACAACUACAUCUCAGUUUACAACUACAGCCCCUCCUACAGAAACAACAACACAACUUACAUCUACGGCUGAACCAACAACCACAACUGUUUUAACAUCUACUGCUGAACCAACAACCACAACUGUUUUAACAACUACUGCUGAACCAACAACCACAACUGUUUUAACAUCUACUUCUGAACCAACAACCACAACUGUUUUAACAACUACUGCUGAACCAACAACCACAACUGUUUUAACAUCUACAACUGAACAAUCAACUAAAUCUGAACAAAGCACCACAACGCAGACAGCAACAACAUCCCUGCCUCCAACAAAUACAGCUCAAUCUACAACCCUGCUUACAACAAACUCACCUACAACUACAUCUCAGUUCACAACUACAGCCCCUCCAACAGAAACAACAACACAACUUACAUCUACGGCUGAACCAACAACCACAACUGUUUUAACAUCUACAACUGAACAAUCAACUAAAUCUGAACAAAGCACCACAACGCAGACAGCAACAACAUCCCUGCCUCCAACAAAUACAGCUCAAUCUACAACCCUGCUUACAACAAACUCACCUACAACUACAUCUCAGUUCACAACUACAGCCCCUCCAACAGAAACAACAACACAACUUACAUCUACAGCUGAACCAACAACCACAACUGUUUUAACAUCUACAACUGAACAAUCAACUAAAUCUGAACAAAGCACCACAAUGCAGACAGCAACAACAUCCCUGCCUCCAACAAAUACAGCUCAAUCUACAACCCUGAUUACAACAAACUCACCUACAACUACAUCUCAGUUUACUACUACAGCCCCUCCUACAGAAAUAACAACACAACUUACAUCUACGGCUGAACCAACAACCACAACCAAAGCUCAAUCAACAACAACACCAGACACAACCCAGACAGUUUUUGUUAGUUUUUACAGCAGUGAAAAUUUUGAUACUGAUCUGUCAACUCCAGCUUCAGAAGCAUAUAAAAACAGAGAAAAGAAAGUCAAAGAUACGUUGACACCAUUCUUUACAAAAGCAUUACCCUCCUUCAAAGGUCUGGCAGUUAUUCGGUUCCGUCCAGGGUCAAUCAUCACUGAAAUUAAUGUGACAUUUGGAACUUUACCCAGUGAUGCGGAAAUAGUAAACACUAUUAUGAAAGCUAAUGUCACUCUCAAUAUCACCAGUGUAACACUAAGGGAGCCCUUCACCACAACAACCAGUGCAACUACAACUACAACCACCCCUACCACGACACCUAAUACCACAGAAGCAACAACAACAACAACCACAACAUCUACUGCCAAUCCUAAUACAACAACAACAGCCAACCCUAAUACAAUGACAACAGCCAACCCUAAUACAACGACGACAACAACAGCCGAUCCUAAAACAACAACAACAACCACAACAUCUACUGCCAAUCCUAAUACAACAACAACAGCCAACCCUAAUACAACGACAACAACAACAGCCAAUCCUAACACAACAACAACAACCACAACAUCUACUGCCAACCCUAAUACAACAACAACAACAACCACCACCAACACCACCACCACCACAGCAUCUACUGCCAAUCCUAAAACAACAGCAACCUCCACAACAACAGCAGCAACAACAAUAAGAGCACCAGAACGAACUUUUGCCAUACAGAUUGUCAUUAUAGAGGUGUUUGUUACAGCACUGGGAGACAAGAAAUCUCCGGAAUUUAAAAGCCUAGCCACAAAAGUAGAGAAUAUGUUUAAUGAAGUCUAUAAGAAAAAGUUUGGGCCUCGUUUCAUCAGGACCAUCGUGAUUGCUUUCGUAGCUGUUGCCAGGACCCGGGCAGUCUCAAACGUACAGGCAGAGGUUGAGUUAGUGUUUAGUGAAACAUCCACUGAACCGAUCCCCAGCAACACAGACAUUGUGGAGACUCUAAAAGAAGCAGCUGCUGAUUCAACUUCAAACUUCAACCUCACCCUUGAUGCCACCUCCAUUACUGUCAUUAGGGAGCCCUUCACCACAACUACCAAAGCCACAACAACCAGUACAACUACAACCACCCCUACUACAACUACAACCACACCUACUACAACUACAACCACACCUACCACAACUACAACCACACCUACUACAACUACAACCACACCUACUACAACUACAACCACAACCACAACAACAGCACCAGCACGUCCUCUGCCAACUGUUGCCAUACAGAUUGUCAUAAUAGUGGUGUUUGUUCCAGCACUGUCAAACCCUCAAACUCCGGAAUUUAAAAGCCUAGCCACAAGAGUAGAGAGUAUGUUUAAUGAAAUCUAUAAGAACAAGUUUGGGCCUCGUUUCAUCAGGACCAUCGUGAUUGCUUUCAUAGCUGUUUCCAGGACCCGGGCAGUCUCAAACGUACAGGCAGAGGUUGAGUUAGUGUUUAGUGAAACAUCCACUGAACCGAUCCCCAGCAACACAGACAUUGUGGAGACUCUAAAAGAAGCAGCGGCUAAUUCAACUUCAAACUUCAACCUCACCCUUGAUGCCACCUCCAUUACUGUCAUUAAAUCAGUGCAGAUAAUUCCACUGACAAUCCUCACCAACGGAACCUUCAUGGCUGCUCUUUCCAAUAAAAAUUCUACUGAAUUUCAGAACAGGGCUUCGCUGAUAAAAGCAGGGCUUGAACCUUUCUUCUUUGCUGAUUACCCUGCAUCAUUCAGCACCAUAUCCAUAACAAGCUUCAGUAAUGCCAGUGUGAAAUUAAGGAGUUUGCCCACGAUCCGAAACAGCAUGGAUCUUGUAUUUGGAGCAGGCACCGUUCUACCCAAUAGCACCCAGAUAGUGAAAACAGUAGUUCGAGCCGCCAAAAACAACACAUUACCCUUCCAGAUCUUCACUUCUUCAAUUAUAAUAAAUGGAACAGAAUAUUCAUCAGGUGAAGUCAGCAGCAGGAUCAGUGUGUUGACUGCUUCGUUCUUGGUUGCGGUGUCACUUCUGGUUCCAUGGUUUAACUGACCUUAACCACUCAUGCCAACAUAACUGAUUCAGACAGGUCUGAACCUUGCCUUUAAUGUCUGAUCAAAUGAAGGACUUAACUUAAGGAUAAAUGUAGCUACUGAUGCUACUUAAUGAGUAGUAAUGAAAGUAAAAACUGUAAAUAAUCCUAUUCUGAGCACUUUAAACUAGAUCUAAGCUAUAGUGGAAUCCAAAUCAGUUCUGGAUCUGUAUGUACCUGUAUCUGUAUGUAAACAAUCAGUGUUGUAUAAAGCACUAUAUAAAUAAAGGCAAAAAUGUA